AUAGCUAUAAUUUUCAUAUCCUGGAAAAGAAGACAUUAUGAUAAAUCGACCUUGUCCUUUUUCAGUGAUUGUGCAUACCAGUGCAAACAUCUUCCAGAUCACUGGUCGAAGAAGGCAAGCAUUCUCAAAUUCGGUGUUUUGAAUAACUGAAAAAGAGAUGACACAGUUUUUGCUCCAAUAAUCAAAGAAUUAAUAAGAAGUUAUACAGUCAAUCCACAGAGUAAGAAAACAAAGUUGUGAACUAAAAGUAAAAAAGCACAAUAAAAUAGGCAAACUGCAUUGUGCACACCUGUAA